GAUGAUAGACACUUUCACUAGCUCGGUAGUGCAUUGCCUUGAGUGCCAUUUACAGAGGCUCUGUAGGGGAUUUAGAUGCGCCGCACUGUGAUGGCAAGUAUAAGUUAGGUAGGUAUAUCAGCGUCCUACUUAAAGUAGCAUCUGGCCUCUUCUCCAUCUUCUCUCAUCAUACACGCCCUUCUACACACUCACAGACCCAUCAUUGCGAUAGACACCAUAGACCGUGAUACCUAUACAUCUAAGCGGACCCCGCAAUCUCCGAGACACUACACCAAACACAAUGGCCGACGCUCACACUUACAAGUUCGGAGUCGCCAUGAGCUGCGGCGGCUGCUCCGGCGCCAUCAACCGCGUUCUGGGAAAGCUGGAGGGUGUUCAAAGCUACGAUGUAUCCCUUGAGAAACAAGAAGCUGUCGUCGUGGCAUCCGAAGGCCUCGACUACGAGGCCGUUCUCAAGACGAUUAAGAAGACCGGAAAGAAGGUAGAAUGGGGCCAGGCUGACGGCGAGUCCAAGAGCAUCGACCUGCCUGAGUAGAGACUGUUACUUUGAAGAGGAGAUAUAGAAGGCGUAAGACGUAUAGAUGCGUGCUCUACGGCUCAUGCUAUGAUGGAGAGAUGAGGCGGAAGACAUCAGCAGGCUCUGUGUGGGUUUUGGUGCACUCUUUACAUAAGAAGAUCAUGCAGGGACCGACACGAUUGAUUGAUUACUUGACGAAUAGCCCGGAGUUAGGAAAUCUUGGAAUGAAUAAACUCAUGAUGAAAUGAAUGAAUCAUGCUAUCAGUAGACGGCCUGCAUGUCACGUAUUAUCUGAUCAUUGAGACUCAGUUUGUAACUUCUGUGUUUUGUAGAAGCUUGUGCCUAUUACCCUUCACAUGCCAAAAUGGCAUUACUACUACUUACAGUCAACAGUCUCUAGAGUAGAUUGAGCACACGUGCG